CCGGAAGCCCUGCUUCUAUGUGCCAGGCAAGUGUUUUCACUUUUUGCAAGUGGAGGGUGCCGCCGGAGAGAGUGUGCAGCCCCUCCUCAGACCACUAGCUCAACCACUCCCCCCACUCCAGGUUCCUGACCACUGCCUCAUGAACCCUGUUAUGUGUCCGUCGUUUAGCUGAGUCUCUUCCCCACUGUGGGGAGAAAGAACUACAUUAUGCAAUGUUGCUGUGGUUGACACCCUGAGAUGGCCAAAAGAGGCACUGAUGAACCUCGGUUACCACUGGAAGAUGGAGAGCCCACUCCACAGAUCAAAGAUGAGUGGACAGAGACCAGGCCAGAGACUUUAAGCACUGUGAAAAUUGAAGCAAUUUGCACAGAUGAUGGAGAGAGUUCUACACACAGUGCGGCAGAGGAGCCGGCACGCAAGCGCAAGAAGGGCCCUGCCCCGAAGAUGUUGGGGGACGAAGUGUGCAGUGUGUGUGGGGACAAGGCCUCGGGGUUCCACUACAACGUCCUCAGCUGUGAGGGCUGCAAAGGCUUCUUCCGGCGCAGUGUCAUCAAGGGGGCACAGUACACCUGCAAGGGCAGUGGGCAGUGCCACAUGGACAUGUAUAUGCGCCGCAAAUGCCAGGAGUGCCGUUUGAAAAAAUGUCGACAGGCAGGCAUGCGAGAGGAAUGUGUGUUGUCCGAAGAGCAGAUCCGAAAGAAGAAGAUCCGUAAACAGCAGGAGGGGGAGGGGACAUCGAGUGGGGAAGGGGGCGGAGGUGAGGUUCUUCGGGUGCCCCCUCUGCCCUGUGAUCCCACCCUGCUUCAGCCUGAACCAGCCCCCCUCACCCCCCAGCAAGAGGGCAUGAUCCGGCAGCUGGUGGCCGCACAACAGCAAUGCAACAAAAGGAGCUUCAGUGACCAGCCCAAAGUCACGCCUUGGCCUAUGGGCAGUGACCCCAACAGCCGGGAGGCACGCCAGCAACGCUUUGCCCAUUUCACGGAGUUGGCCAUCAUCUCGGUACAGGAGAUUGUGGACUUUGCCAAGCAGGUACCCGGCUUCCUGCAGCUCUCUCGGGAGGACCAGAUUGCGCUUCUCAAGGCCUCCACCAUUGAGAUCAUGCUAUUGGAAACAGCACGACGCUAUAAUCAUGAGACCCAGUGUAUUACAUUUCUUAAAGAUUUCACCUACAGCAAGGAUGACUUUCACCGUGCAGGUCUACAAGUGGAAUUCAUCAACCCCAUCUUUGAAUUUUCCCGGGCCAUGCGGCAGCUGCAGCUGGAUGAUGCCGAGUACGCCCUUCUCAUUGCCAUCAACAUCUUCUCUGCGGAUCGGCCCAACGUGCAGGACCAUGGCCUGGUGGAGGCGUUGCAGCAGCCAUACAUUGAGGCCCUCAGUUCCUACAUCCGGCUCAACCGUCCGCAGGACCACCUGAUGUUCCCACGCAUGCUGAUGAAGCUGGUGAGCUUGCGGACCCUGAGCAGCGUACACUCCGAGCAGGUCUUUGCGUUGCGUCUUCAAGACAAGAAACUUCCACCGCUUCUCUCCGAGAUCUGGGAUGUGCACGAAUAGAUGUCUUGGGUGUAAGGGGAGGCCACAGACCCUCCCUCUUAUGUACACCUUUCCAAGCCCCAGGAAACAUUGUAUCCCAUUGAGGAUUCUUUGAACCUCAACAUAAACUUGAACCCGAAAGACAGACAGAGGAGCUACAGCAAGGGGCUACUAAGCACUUUUUUCCCCAUCUACUUUUUUCCUCUCAAGCACUUGCCUCCCGAUUUUGUUCUUCUGGUUUUUGAGAGGGGAAGAUACAAGUCAGUUGUGCAUGGGGAGUAGGGGGGAAGAUGCAAAGAGACUUGCUGCAAAGACUUAUCCCUCCUGUUUCAUGAGGAAUGAACACCCCACCCUAUGUGGCUUUUUCGUCUAACAACACCCACACGCACCCUACUAGGGAAGGGGAGAGUAUUGCAGUGGGAGAGGGGGGUCACCGAAUGCCUGGUGUGGGGCAGACGCCCAGAAAAAUAAACUCAGU